GUCUAGAAUAGACGCAAUGUAAUAUCGAGAAAUAGAUCUGUUUAAAAAAUACACCAUAUCCGCACACAUGAAACAACUGUGUCGUACAUGUAUUUAUUGAUGGACGCAAGGCUUUAGCAAAUAAUCAGAGAGUGUCAUUUGGGACUUUGACAUGGCGCGCCGAUUUCCGAGAAGGAGAUACGCAUCGAACAUUGCGCGCAUGAUUUUCUUAUAGAGAAGCGUUUAAAAAUGCAUUAAUUUAAAAAUUCAACGUGUAAUGUACAACAUGUCGUCUCGAAAGACGGGAUCAGCUUUUGGUAAUCUUCGGAGGCAGGCAUGUUUGCAACAAGCGGUUCCAAGGCUUGCAUAUAGCGAAACCCUACCAUAUGUCGUAACGUUCGACCCAACGAAUCGGUCGAUCAUCACACAGAAUCUACUGGGUCACGAAAGAUUGCGAAAAUGCGGCCCAUAAUUCCUAUGAAUAGUUUGCAGGCAGUGGAGGCACGCAGACUGGGUCCGUACAGUCGUCGAAUGCAAAACAUGUACAGGUACCAGAAUCGGCUGAUGGCCAAUUUAAAUGCGUCACCAAACUGGAUAUUUUUACCUGUCAUGAAGGACUGCAGCAGUGGAACUCCUCAAUUUCUUCAUCAUGAUAAGCUUUUCCUCGACAAUAACCGACGCUGUUAUUCGCUCCGCGGUCCUAAGUGUAAACCAGUCCAGACUUACGUACUUCCAAAACGAAGACGCGUCGGCGGAACAAGUGAAUGCGUGUUGAGCAUUACGCUUCCUGGAAUGGUAAAUCCUAACCCGCCCCCCUACGAGCUGUUGUUAAUACUAACAACAGUGGACACUCUGGAAGUCCGAAAUUUGCAUACUGGAGAUCAUCUUAACACAAUUAAUCUUGCACUUCCAGGGGAUUCUACGUUUCACUAUCGCGCGAUGCAGCAUGAAGAGGCAAAAAAUCAGAUUGUCGUUUACUCGACGAAAAGUAGCUCUCACCUAGUUUUAUGUUAUAUGGUUAUUUUAAACAUUGGUUCCGAAAUCACCAAGGCUUUGCGUGUGCCGUUCCCGCGUCGUGUAUUUGGACGAGCUCUGGAAAAAGUCUAUCUUCAAGAUGGCAUUCUGUACAUGCUAUACCGCAAAAAAAAGGAAAUGCGUCUCUACGACUUUGACGAGAUUGUUCGAAUGGGUCAAAUUCGAAACUCUCCGGAUUCAGAGCCGAUAUUAGAAAUUACAGCACUUCCGAAACCAGUUCUAGUUGUACCGAAUGCCGAUCAGCAAGUUGAGAUAGGAGGUUUUCCUUGUAUGUAUGUCACUAAUUUGCCGGGAAGUGAGACAUACUCUGUACGAACUCUCGACCACCGAGAGCUGGGACGAUUCGAGCAGUCGGAUCGUCUGCGCAUGGACUCCGUGCGAUUUCACAUCGAUGGUAAUGGACACAUUGCCCACGCCCGACAAGAUAUGAUCAGGUACUAUAAAGUCGAGGUGGCCGAUCGAGAUACAAGCAAAUCAGAUACUUCUUCUUCUGUCAGCACAGUACUGCCUGAAGAUAAGCCAGCAUACAUUUUGAGGCCUGUGAGAGACAUUUGCUUUGACGGUCAGGUGCCAACUAGCGCCCCCUUUGACUGCGCUGCACCUACAGAAUCAGGCGAAAGUACAAGCCAAGGCCGAACUAGCAGUCAACGUUCCACAGUGCGAGAUGAGCGUGAAGACCACGAACGGGAAAUGCGGCGUCAAAUGUCAUUUGUUGAGCUUCAGGAACAAGGCCAACUAAUACAGCAUCAGAACGAGAUAGGUUCAAUCGAAGUUGUCGCGUACGUGCUGGCUCCUUAUCACGCAGCUGAACAUUAUGAGGCACCUCCUCAAAGUUCACUUGGACAAGUUCCAAUGAAUCGUCAGCAGCCACCCAUUACUCCCCGACGAGCUCGAAAUGUUGGUCGAGGUUUAGCUUUGCCAGAUCGUGAUAAUGGAGUACCUGCAGGCACUUAUCCCUUACGUAGGUCACAAAGAAUACACCAUCUAGCGAGCAUUUUCGGAGUGCCUGUCUACUAUGACGAGGACCCGGACGAGAAGCGUCUACUAUUUGGUGAUGACUACGAAAAUGAGCUAAAUAUGUUGUUGCUGUUGGGUCGAGAGCCAGGUGAUCGCAAUAAACGUGGGAUUCUACAAAUGUUUGACGACCGUUCAGGGCGGCUGGUCCGUACGAUGCGUUUCAACAAACCGCUCGAGACCCAUGUCGACUAUACGCUAAUACUGGACCUGGACGUCCUAGUUGUAAUUGCUCGCGCGCAAAACGCUCCUGUUUCGUACACCCACGUUUACCGACUCACCAACGUUGACUCAUUGUCGGAGGUUGACUGCAAGAAGGUUGCUGCACUCGGCCCAGAUCAUCGUUACUCGGUGUCCUUCCCCACCGCGGCCAUAGAUCGCGAUCACGAUUACGAUUUCGAUUUCGAUUGAUAUUUUAUAGAUGUAAGUUACAAAUUAGUCGCUAACGGCAGCCGAAGAAACGUACAGUACACAAAUAUUGUAUGCCGUAAGCAGACUGCGAUAAUUUGUAUUGUCAGAGCAGAUUUUUUUCUCGUUUGUUACUUAACCGACUGGCUAAUGAUCAAUUAAAGAUUGCACAGUACAGUCAAAUAAUAGUUAUUCAAAUUUGAGAGUGCUUAUGUAAAAAUACGCGUGGCUUGAUUACUAUGCAAAAUCGUAACUAUAUUAAUAGUCGUGGUUAAACUUAAGAAGUUGUUGGGUGAUAGUACUAUUCGUAUAACGUAAGCAGAUGUCAAUUGUAUGAAGAUGCCAACGACAACCAAAUCAGAGGUUAUACAUCGUUUUGAUAAGUGAAAUUGAUUACGCAUAACCAACGAUUACCUGUAAAGCACAAAUUUGAAGGAAAGCAGCGAAUCAUAAGAGGAAAAUCGAUUUUUAAAGGAAAAAGUUUUGUUCUAUUAUAUGUAUGUAUUUUUAAUACUCACUGAAUUGAAUUAUUCAAAAUUGAGUGUGUAUACUGAUAAUGACAAGAUUUAAAGCGUACGGCUUUGGUCAGCGAGGAUAAAAGAUAAGGAACGUAAUGUUUGAUUUAGGAAAAAAUAUUGGUGGGUGCAUACAAACUAAACAAGGAGGCAACAGCUCUUAGCCGUAAAUCUAUUGAUAGUUUCAUGUGUGAAGCGAUUUUGGUCACAAUGUUACGCCACUUGUAGCAGUAGAGCUACCGUGACUAAUUCAUUUGAUUUUUCAAGGAGGCAAAUGCCAGUAGCAAUCAGGAGUUGUCUAUGCUGUAAAUGAAACUAUAAAAGUAGAUUCAAUAAAUUGCGAACCUUA